UUGUACAGCACACUUGUUCAUUCGCACUUGAUGUGUUGUAUUGCUUUGUAGUCGAUUUUGUUGCUAGGGCCAUAUUGCGUUGAUUCGGUAAGGAAACACUUUAAUGAAAAAAUUUUAAAAAUUUCAGUACUUUUGAUUACGUGGCGUUGUCCUCUGUCAAUUUCAUUCACGCAUCUCGCGAGGAGCGCUUGCGUCAGCAACUUUUGAGAAUUGUUGGAAUGUGCGUGGCUCUCUCUGGGAUGCAUGAGAAUCAAGUCAAUCAACCAAGUAGACUGAACAUGGGAUGUCCAUUUGCUGGUAGUUUUUUCGGCAGUAUUAUGGCUGUAUUGUUUCUUCUUUCCACGUUUCUGUGUGUUUCCUUCGCCGACAAAGAACCAUUGUUAAAGAGCGACGAAUUUUGGGACAGUGAAAGUAUUACAAGUGACUCAGGGUGGAUUAUCCAAGAGAAGACAGCCUUGUCCUGCUCUCGUUCAAAAGUCUCGACAAGUCUUUAUCUUAAACGAUUAAAGACACAAGAUGCCAAUAGGGUGUUUGUCGAGAUCAAGUAUGAAAUAGAUAAAACACUUUCAUCCAACAGUAACUUCCGGAUAUCUUCAAAUUUCAUUCGUAAUGGGAAGGCUUUGAAAAUGAAGGGUGAGUUGGGAUUUGAGAGAACAGAUGUACUUGGAACCACUGCCACUAAUGGAAGUACAAAGAAAACCCUUCACUACGAUGUUGAUAAAAAGGAAGUUUUAUUGAAUUUAACUCUUCGUGCUCGAAAAGUUUGUGUCACAGUGUUAUCUAUUCGAGUUUAUUAUUAUGUCUGUCCGAAAAAUAAAACUUUGAUGGUUAAUCGAACUGUGGCGCCAUCAACAGGUGUCGUUAAUGCAACAGUAAAUUGUGACUUUAAUGUUGAUGGAAAUGAUGGAUCAGUGGUUGUUGCUCAAUGUGAAAAUGAUGGAAAAUGGACGAAAAUAUCAAAUAAAGAUGGCUGUAAAAGGAAUUGUGAACCUGGAACUGAACCUCUUAAUUCUGCUUGUAUGGCGUGCAAAAACGGUUAUUAUAAAGAGAAAAGUGGGAUCCAUGGUUGUUCGAAAUGUCCUGAGAACACUUUAAGUAAUACGAACAAAACAGUUUGUGUUUGUAAGGAAAAUCAUUAUCGUAAGGGAGAUAUUGGUCCUUGUCUGGUUAUUCCAAAGAAACCUCAGCAUCUCAAAUAUGAUAAACUUUCGCACAACGUAAUCUUGCUUCGCUGGAAUGUAACAGAUGGCAUAAAACAUUUUCAUGUAAAAUGUUCUGAACGACUGACCGAAACUCUUUCGAUUCCUUGUCAUAAUUCGUCUAUCGAUGUCAGAGGCAAAAAUGUCAGCGAAACGUUUCUUAAAAUAGAUUAUCUGAAAGAAAAUGUUAAUUACACAUUCACAGUUGCUUCUGUCAAUGACAUCAGUGGCGAACAUGCAAGUUUGAACGUGUUUUUAUCAAGUAAAGCUAUAACAACACAGACGACACGCUUUCCCAGUAUAACUGCUGGCGUUGUCACAUCUUCAACAUUUAAAAGAAAAACAUCGAAAACCACAGUUGUUGCUGACAAUGACAGUCGAUCAUCUACUGAUAAGCCAACAAUCAAAGAACUUGUCUCUACUGCAGUCAUCAAUAAAAUGACAUCACCUACCGUUGGCCCUCAUGAAAAUGAAAAUAACAAAAUUGUUGAUCCAGAAGAUAAAAAUACAGAACUAGCUCCUUAUAUAGGGAUCGCCAUAAUUCCAGUCAUUUUGAUAAUCAUUGUUGUGAUUGUCUUUAUAAGAAGAAGACGUGCCAAAAAGGACAUUGAUAUUGAAGCUAUCCCUCUCAAUUCAUGUCCGGAGACUUAUAUUGAUCCCUCAAGAUACGGCAAUCCUGAGAAAGCUGUAAGAAAAUUUGCGAAGGAAAUUGAUCGCCGUGAGAUAAAAUUAUCUGAACUCAUCGGUGAAGGUGAAUUUGCCAAAGUGCACAAGGGAACAUUGACACGUAUGAACGAACCCUCUGUCUCGGUGGCUGUAAAAAUACUCAAGCCGGGCUCCACUCCAAAAAAUCGUGAAGAUUUUUUAACUGAGGCUGCAGUUAUGGGCCAGUUUAAGGAUUUGAACAUCGUAGCUUUGGAAGGCGUAGUGACUCUAAGUCACCCAGUGAUGAUUAUAACAGAGUUUAUGCACAAUGGAGCUCUCAGUGACUUUCUUGUUGGGCGACGAUUGAACCGUUUUUCAGACGUAGAGUUACUUGGAAUGGCAAAAGGAGUCGCCUCAGGGAUGAAAUAUUUAGCGAGGAUGCGUUUUGUGCAUCGAGAUCUUGCUGCGAGAAAUGUGUUGGUUAACGAAAAUAUGGUUUGCAAAGUUGCUGAUUUUGGUUUAACUCGUGAACUGGAAGACUCUGAACAAGGAGAGUAUGUGACACAGGGGGGAAAAAUUCCUAUUCGUUGGACGGCGCCCGAGGCCUACAAACAUCGACGAUUUACGACUGCAAGCGAUGUUUGGAGUUAUGGUAUCGUGUUGUGGGAGAUCAUGUCCUACGCUGAGAGGCCUUACGGAGACUGGGACAAUUACAUGGUUAUGGAGAAAGUUACUGCAAGCUACAGGCUUUUUGCUCCAACUAAUUGUCCAAAAAUUGUUCAUCAAUUGAUGAUGGAAUGUUGGAAAGAAGAGAGAAAUCAACGUCCUUCUUUCUCCGAUAUUGUUCAAAUGCUUGAAAGAUGGAUUCGCAAUCCUUACCUGCUCAAAGAUUAUCUUUAUGUCACAGAGAAAGAUCAUAUGGCUGACAGAAAGUCUUGUGUGGCGAAAUCCAUUCGGGAACAUCUUGAGGCCAUCAAAAUGGAACGAUACAUUGAUAAUUUUAUCGAUUUCGGCUACACAGAGAUACAUCAGCUAUAUAACAUUACGGACGAUGAUUUGGUGAACAUUGGUGUGCCGCUUGUAGGGCAUAGAAAUAAAAUUAUAAAAAGCAUACGUGGUGAUAAAGAAUUGGUGUUACCAUUACCUGUUGAUGUUUGAAACUUACCCUACGAAUCACAUUGUACAUAAUAAGCGCAGUGUUUUACAUUCUAUCGAACCCAAAAUGGCUUCUAGCUUCCCUAAACUGUCUCGACCGAUUUCAGUGGACUUGGUUGAAUGUGAUGGUAUCACAGGAGUAUUUUGAAAGUCAUCAUUAUCUGAUGUUUGUCAGUACUAAAAAAUAUGUGAAAAGAAGAAUGAUGAAACCGACGAAAGACUCCUUUCAUGGAUGAUCUCAGCUCUUGACGGUACAGCUUAAAAGAAUGACAAUUUUUAGUUUUGUAUUGGUGUUAUUCUACUUUUAGAAAAGUUUACACUUUACAUUUUUGUAAUGAACUUGUACAGAUUGCUAUUUAUAUUUUUCAAACGAACGAUAAACUUGAUUAGGGCCUGACCUGAUUGUGUUAAGCUCCCGAUAUUUUCUAGUUUAAAAUUAUUUUUUUACCUUUUUUAAGUUGAAAGAUAGGAUGGCUUAAAUGAGGAUCUGAUUAGUGAUUGACUUAUAGCUUAAUGUUAGGUUAAAGAAUGUCAACGGUUUUCAUCACCAUACCUAUCAUGUUUUGUUAUUUAAAUAGUUGGAGCAGGCCUCUUUUAGUCAAGAUUAGACUUAUUUGAGAACAGUUUUAAACUGAAGAAGGUCAUUUUUUGCCUUAAAUUGUACAUAUUUCGGAGAAAAAAAUUUUAUUUUAAACAUUUGGCUUUUAAAAACUAAAAGAAAUUAUGUUAACGUGCUAAAUAACAUAAAUUAUUGUCUAAAAAAUAUCAGCUCCUAUUUUUCUUUGAAUGUUGUAUUUAUCGAUAUUUAUUGAAAGAAUAUUUCAUACAUAAUAAAUAUCUGUUUAUCGUACCUUAA